ACCUCCCCCUCGUCCCGAACGGCCAUCUGCUCGUCGGGCUCUCCUUACACGACGACGUACUCUUGCAUAUCUGACAAUUCUAUCCCAACGACUCUGGAAACUCCCUACCGACUCCCUACUCACCAUGACCGACCGUCUGUCCCUCGACGAGGAGGCGCGGUUGUACACCACGAACGCCCAGCGCGAGAAGUACAACAACCUGGCGACGCUCUUCGGCAUCAUCGUUGCGCUUGAUUACUUGGAACGCGCCUACGUACGGGACUCGAUCACAGCAGCGGAAUACUCGCCCGCAUGCACACGUCUCCUCUCGCAGUACAAGACCAUGCUGAAGCUCGUCGCGGACGACGUGCCGUCGGUAGAGCAGUUCAUGUCGAGGUAUAGGAUGGACCACCCCGCCGCCCUACAUCGCAUCCAGGUCGGCGUCCCCGCGACUGUCGAACACUCGAGCGAGGCCGGACCAGAGACGGGCAAGUGGGUUGCGGAGACGACGCAGAGCUUCAUCACCUUCAUGGACGCGCUCAAGCUCCGGCUGCGCGCCAAGGACCAGCUGCAUCCGAUCUUACAGGAGCUCGUCACGAGCUAUGCGCGCUUCAAGGGGAGCAAGGAUUGGGAGGGGAGGAGUCGGAUGGUGGCGUGGCUCAUCACGCUCAACGGCAUGAAGGCGUCGGAGGAGAUCACGGAGGAGCAAUCGCGGCAGCUGCUCUUCGACGUCGACCACGCCUACGCGGAGUUCUUCCGCAGCUUGAGCGACAAGAAGGAGGGAUGAGGAGGGUGGGCGUGGAGGUGUGGCGGGGUCGCAUGGGCGAGGUGGUGAUAGCGUGUGGAAUUGGAAGGGGCGUUGUGCUCGAAGUGUACAGAUGAAAGCAUGUAAGUGAUCGAAGAUACCAAUGGACGCUGUACAGUAUCGCAGGGCUCCUCGAAGGCGGCGGACUGAAGCAGUUGAUCGACAACAACUCGAAGUACUUUCGUGAGUGUUUCUAGGAGCGAAAGAAGCGCUCCAGG